AUGAGGAGAGGAAGCUACGACGACGCUGCAGCUGCUUUACGCCCUGUGAGUAUUAAUCAAUCACUAUUGAUUAUUAAUUCAAUGAUAAACUGUAAAAAUGUCUGUGGGAGCAGAGAUGUGGACCAACCUGCUCCAGUGUUGAAAUCUCUGGUUUGAAUUUCUUCACAUUUUUAUUAAAUACCCUGAAAAUCUGAAAUCUUUUUAUUAUUAUUUAUUUAAAUAAAGUUCAAAAUAAUGAAACUCUGAAUCCACGUUCCUGCAGAGUGAGUCUUAAAUUAGGCUCUGAUGUUUGAAACCAACACAAUUUAAACUACACACACACACACACACACACACACACACACACACACACACACACACACACACACACACAGAUACAUUUCGACUUACUGUAAAAUUCUCUGUGCAGAAAAACUUUAAAAAGUCUUUUUUUACACAGAAGCUCCACACUGACGCUCGUAUUUUUGUUUUUCUGUUUGGAAAGAAAAAGAGAAAAAAAAACAAAGAAAAUAUUCAGUAAAUUAAAAAUCUGAACCAUCUUCUCUGCGUCAUUAUGACGUGAGACGAACUUAAAACAUGAAGUUAAUCUGGACCUGAUAUUUUCCUUUUCCUGUGAACGAACAAAAGAGUUUAAUGAGACGGACGUGUCCUGUUUUAUUACAAAACAGAGAGGCUGAAAGAGAGAGAGAGAGAGAGAGAGGGAGAGAGAGAGAGGGAGAGAGAGAGAGAGAGAGAGAGAGAGAGAGAGAGAGAGAGAGAGAGAGAGAGAGAGAGAGAGAGAGAGGGAGAGAGAGACUGUAUAAACUGUAUAUACUAAAUCUCCCAUAAUAGUCUCUGAUGUUAAUGUCUUGGUGUUGCUAGGCAACGUUCCGUAUGGCUACCGUUUAGUCGUCUGCUGCAGGUGUGUGACUGAGCAUGUGCGGCUCUAAUAACCGUUUUUAACCCUUUUGAACCUGCAGGUUUCUUCUGUUUGUCAAAUUAAGAGUUUAGAAAUAAAAACAAAAACCUUUUUAUCUUUGAGUUUUAGUGAAUAUUUGAACUUUUCACUAAAAUCUCAUUUAACAUUGAAGAGUUGGAAAAUUCAAACCUGCGUUUGUCAAAGUUUGAGAUGAUCGAGUUCUUCUGUAGAUUUAGUUUUUAUUCUCUGUCUUUGCAGGACGUCAGACACCUGACCCAGAGGCGGCGCUCUGCCCCGUCGCUGGUCUUUGCGAAGGCGUUGGGGAUGCCAUGGUCUCCGAUCAGGUUUGUUUUUUUUAUGUCUGUUUUUAGAAAUAUUUGCACAAUAAUUUUAAUUUUUUUUAUAAUUGAUGCACUCAUAACAGAAAAAACCAUGUUCCAUAUUUUAUGAUUGAUUAAUUGGUUUAUUAUCAGGAGUUAUAAUGUCUGAAACUAAGAUCCAUAUGUUGUUCCUUCAUAUAUGUCCAAACUAACACUAACCUUUGGCACUUCUUCACAACAUUACUGUGACCUCUGACCUGUAGGCAGCAGUCAGGUCCCUCUUUACUUCGAUGAACUCUUUUUAUCAGGAUUUUAUAAAAUACAAACACAUCAGUGUUCUGAUCACAGGUUAUAUGAGGGUCCAUCAGAACACAGUUCAGUCCAUCUUAGACGGUACCGAGUCCAGAACCGUCCCUGCUGUUUCUGGAUCAUCUGUAGAUGAUGGUAAGAGGUCACACACUCUUUAGCCUCCAGACUCUAGGUGGCAGCACAUGGAGAGAAAUAACUCCAGGACACAGUGAACCUCUUUAAACGGUUUAAAAAAGACCCUCGCCGCGCCCCGCCCCCUGCCCCGCCCCCUGAAAACCACAGACUGUUAAAUUGUGUCAUUAAAUGUCCCCUCAGGUCACAGACACAGAUGUGGGGAUUUUCUCAGCCACCUGCUCAGACUCGUAUGACCUUUUUCUCACUCAGACGCCUCGUUCAGAUAUUUCACUUUUUAGAUCCACAAAAACUGCAGGAACUUUAACGUUUAGUCAAGAACUCCUAUUAGGACUUGAACUCGGCGUUGAAAACACCGACACCACGUCGUUCCUGAGUGUUUGUUUGGUGUUGACUUGUAGAAACUGGUCUGGUUUUUAGUUUAUUCCAGUUUUCACUGUCAUGACGCUGAAGUUUAAAACAACAAACACUUCAAAAAGGGAGUCGUAGUUUUACUUCUGAAUCUGACGCCCACCUGUGGUCGCUCUCUCUCUCUCUCUCUCUCUCUCUCUCUCUCUCUCUCUCUCUCUCUCUCUCUCUCUCUCUCUCUCUCUUCAAACUCUGAUCUUUAUAGUCGAGUUUUUUAGGAUUGAAGUUUUUUUAUCCUGAACAGAAGUGACGACGGCAGCAGCAGUAAAAAAAUCCACCCAGCUUGUUGUGAGUGACGCUGAGACACUUCAGCUCACCCACAGUCUUUCACUUUAUUGUUUCACUUCAUCCUGAACGUGUGGGCUCUUCAUCACCUCCUCUUCCUCAUCUGACGUUGAAACUUUAACCUUUUAAAUCGGUCACACAGAGACCACCGCGGAGGCAUCAGGUGGGCGAGUGUUCGCUGAACACAAGAAGAAGAAACGUCAGACCGACCCACUCUCACACCUCCACCUGUGCUCCUCCACCGGCGGGGGUCUUAGUGGGGGUUAGAUUGACUGUGGUGGGACCGCCGGUGACGUGGAGAGACUACGAUUAUUACAAACAAACAAACAUUUGUUGAUUUAAAUCUAAUUAUUACAAAACAGUAACGAGGAUAAAACGAUCGUAUUCGCCGUAUUUACAAUAAAGUUCGUGUCCGACGACCAAACUUCAGAUCUGUAAACUUACUAACGAGUAAAUUGAUUUACUGAGCAGCUAGAAAAAUGACUGGACUGAGUUACUGAGAGGAUUAUAAAGCUAAAAGUAGGUGGUUAACAUUCAUCAAGAACACCGUCCUGUUUAAUGUUGAGCAGAAAAAUGAAACUUUUCUUUAGUUGGCGACAGAAAUCGUGACUUUAGACAAAAACUGUAAAUUAAAUCCUGCAGAUCUGAACGGUUCCGUGUCUGAAAAGUCGAGUUUUGACCCUGCAGCCCGAAAAGCUCCUCCCUCCCUGGAUUUUCAGGUCACAUCUCUUGUUUUGGGCCGAUAGUGAUUUCAUUACAGAGCGUCACCAUCUGGUUUACUGUGAGGGAAAGAACCUCAGUGUCAAACAUUUGAAUUUCUGCCAAGAACCCACAGAGAGCGAGGAGAGCGGCGACCAGAGUUGGUUUCAGAAUGACUCGAACAAACAACUCUUGUUUUCACACCUUGACGUCUCUGUUGAUUUGAUGCACAUUUCUGACGGCAGCAAAGACGAGCAGAAAAUCGAUUCUUCGUAGUCCCAGAUUAUGUUGUUAUUGGAUUUGUGGUUUUGACAUAUCAGGUGAGAUGAAACGUAAUCCACUAAUAAGACCGAGAACAGCGGAGUCUGAGUUUCAUCCCCUUCAUCUUUGCAAAACAAAUAACCCAAGAAGUGAAUCAAUACAAGAGUGGAAAUGACUUUAAUGAAAUCAGAUUUGAUUAUUGAUCCCUGAAGGUAAUAAGGCGUCAGACACAGAUCUGACAUUUUUCAUGGUUAUCUUCGCAGCGCAGAGUCAGAGGCGUUUUUAUCCUCCGAGAAAACGUCAGUUUUUUUAAGAUGCUCUCGGUAACCGUCAAGAACAUUUCAUAUAUUUCAGUUUGUUAAUACAGUAACAGUCUUCGCUCGCCAUGACCAGAACAGCUGUUUACGAACAGAAUCGAACGCUCUCUUUAUUUAUAAAGACGGUUUCAUCGAUCAGGAAUAAACAUGAUAAAGACAAACAGAAAUAUGUUUCUGAAGUUUCUGUUCAGAGUUCAUGAAGAUAUCUCAGCUGCUUAUAGGAGAAGGUUUGGGGUCAAACAGCCGGACUUUGUCUCAGAUUCUAGACCAAGAAAAAACACGUGUCUACAUUCAGCUGACGUGUCCUCAGUUAUUCCCUUUUUUUGGUACUUUCUCUCUUUUUGGUGUCAGGGAGGAGGCGUCCUGUUUGGUCUCUGUGGACCAGAGUCCGUUUGUCCUCGGUCUGAGGAGUGAGAACGGAGAUCUUCUGCUGAAUGAGCGAGUUCAGGUCACUGAGGGCGCCAAGACCAAGGAGAGACACCUGUUCCUGUUCAGAGACGUGAUCGUGUUCGCCAAACUCAAGUAAGCCGUGAUCGUAGAAACGAACGUUCGUCAUGAUUGAAAGAUGAAGUUUUUUAAUGAUCAGCUUCAAACCGUCACAUGAUUCUGUGUUUGUGUGGUUAGAAUAAAACAUUGAAAGAGGAACUAAAAAGGAAACUAGAGUCUGAACUGAGACUGUUGGGGAAUCUCCGAGGAGUCAGUCUGUUUGUGAAGUUCUUUGGUAUUCACCCAAAAACCUUCAUAUUAGAGAGGAAGUUCAACUCUGGUCACUAAAGUCAGAGAUAUUUAUAAAGACGCAGGUUUACUCUUUUACAAAGUUAAAACUGUCUUUAUCUACAUUUUCUAAUUUCUCCGGUUUGACGGAGAUUUUAAUGAAAAUUUACCGUCUUUUGUAUCGAACAGCAAAGACAGAAAGGUUUUUAAAUAAUCAAAGUGUUUUAAUUCAGUCUGACUGCAGCUGUUUGUCACAGUGAGUGGAAGUUUUGUAGCUGUGGAGUGGGAGGACAAUCACACUCAUCUCUGAACCACAAUCAUCCCACGGUUACUGGAGGUGCAGAGCAGGAAAAACACUGAUGAAGUAAACAGAGCGAGAGUCUUCAACGUUUAGAUGCUGUUGACCAAAAACUCUCAUCAUGAAGUUCCUUUCAUUUUCAUCUCAGUGAUGGAGACAGAAACAGUCAGAAAAGUCUUUGAUCUUUUGACCGACUGAUCAAAGUUCAACAUGAAAACAGACAGAAAACUUUUAUUAAGAUUCCAAACAGACAAAUAUGAGUCUGAACUCUGUUUUUAUAAACGAAAAUCCAACCGCCUCUGCGUUAAAAGUCAAAUACGAGCCGCUGACCGCUGUUAUAAACACGCCGGACCUGCAGGUGGUGGUAUUUACCAAAACGUUUGACUCAUUCUAUCCAAUCAGAGCGAGCGUCUCUUUCUCGUCAUCACUUCUCCAAACAAAAACAUAACGCCGCGUCGAUGGUUCAUGACCGAACAAAGAGGUGGAAAAGCUUUUCAACCAGGUGAACAAAGAGACACGACAAAGCUGGAAGACGGUUCUUUGGUGGAGACAUCCUGACGUCAACAAAGUUAGCGUUAGCUGUCGCAGACGUUUGGGAAUCUAUGUCCAAACAAAGUUUUCAAAAACUGUUUUUAAUGACGUAAUCCUGCAGUUUCAUGUGGACGAUAGGAUAAUAAACGUAUAAAUAUAUUUGUAUUCAUUUGAGCAAAUCCCCGUCUGCGCGUGGAAACAGAGAGUUAUCCAAGGUCACUCUGAGGAGAGGCGUCUCUCAAACUAGACGUAAGCUUUUAGACUAGAUCUCCUCGUUCUGUUUGACAGGGAAGGAGGUCGACCUGGUUAGCUCCUCCUCCUCCACCAAGACCCAAAUACACAAAUGUUAACUACACAAUAAUCCAACAACCAACUAAACACAAGAGACACGACUCUGACGAAGGGAUGAUGAAAAAAAAUCUGUAUUUCUAUAAAAGAGUCCGACUCUCCGGUUCGCAGGACGAGUUUGUCUGAGGCGAGAAAGUUUCUGUUGUUGUUUUAGGGAAUUAUCGACAGUUUUCAUGUUUCCAGGGAACAGAAUCACUGAUUUUAGUCAGUGAGGUUAUGAAGAAAAUACAGUAAUGGUUGAUAAUCAAAAUAUUAGAUAACAAAUAUAAAUGAUUAUUCAAGAGGAGGAAAAUGGGGAACAGCCCUAAACCGGAGGGUCGAUGGUCCUUUAACCUUUUACUGAAACAGACAGAAGAUAUUUUCUUUCUCACGUAACGUUGAGGUUCAUUUUUCAUCCAAACACAUGAUAAGUGUUAAAAAAUGAUGAUUUUUGCUCUUUUAUAAUUAAAAACAGGUUCAAGUCCGUCACACAAAAACACGAAACCAUUUUAUAAAAGUGAAAUAAAAACAGAAAAACCUUCUUUUCUGUUUUUAUUCUCAUUCAGGUCGACUGCCAGCUACCGUCUGAAGCACAGAGUGAGUCUGGAGGAUAUCUGGAUUUAUGGAUUUGAAGAUGAGGACGGACGGGGAGAGAGGAGGGACAUUGACGUGGCGGUGACCAUCGUCCUGGCCUGGGCGCUCUCCUUUCAUUUGGUCUGUUUCCGGUGAGCAGACGUGAUGUUUCUUUUCUAAUAUUUUAAUAUUGAAAAAUAUUUUAGUUCCUUGUCUGAUUCACUGCUUGUCUUUAUUUUGUUCAUGAGAUCGCUGCUUAAAAAUCGUGGUAUUGAAACUUAAUAUUUAUUGGUAAUAGAUCAGAUAUUUGAACCAAAGUGAUCAUGUUUGUCUCGGCUGAAGCUAACCUCCGAUGUUUAAUGGAUGUCAGAGAGUUCAGGUCUCAUUGAUCAGGAGUUUAGCACAAGAUCACUUAUCUUAACGUGUUUAUAUGAUAAUAUUUACACCAGGUUAGUCAAAGGAUUUUCUGAUGUCUGCAUUUUAAAAACUGGACAAAAAUAAAGAUUCAAAUCUCUGAAACUCUGAUUCAGUCAGCUCUCUGUGUUCAAACAUGUCAUGGUCAAAAAUAAGAAAUGGUUUUAAGUUUAUUAAACUAUGAUCACAUGAUAAAAACACUUUGACUGUGUUGAUGUUUGAGUUUUGGAGAUCAGGUGUUUCUGGUGAUGUUUCCACAUGAUUCCUGAUCGUCUCCGUUUUUCUGUCUUUAUUACGUUACAGAGACGCUUAAAAACACGAGUGACUGGAUUUGGAUGAUUAAAGAUGUUAAUUUUAUUUUCUUCAUGUUGAUAUAACAGCUCACGUACUUCAACAGGAUCUUUCUUGUUUUUUUUCUAGUUUUGUCAGUUAUUAGUUCAACAAAUCUGAGCGACAGGAUUCUCAUAAAUGAUCAUGUGAUUUUUGACCUUUCAUGAAACAGAAGUAAGAAAAAGAAAGUCAUCUCUGCAGCUUCACAACAGGCAAAAACAGGAAGUUGUGAAGUUGACCAACAAACCGAAUUCUCCACGACAGUUGGUCAACAUCAGCUGAUUUUAUCAGGAGACACUUUUUCAGUCAAAGACUCUCCACGAUGUUUUUGACCUGAAAGGUGUCUCCCAUCUGUCCUCUCACAACAGACGCCUCAGUGUUCUUCAUCAUCAUCUUCAUCAGCUUCGAUAUUUUCUUAAAGUCUAAAAGUUUAUUUUUUUUAAUGAGGUUUCAGUCCAAAGAGGACGAUGAACCCUGCGGUGGUUUGAAGUUACUUUAGAAGAAUAAAGGUCAUUUCUGGUGAUUUGAACUCUCAGAGCUCCUCGUUUUUCAGACUCUAGUUCUGCAGACGGCGAAGAGGCUGCAGGUUAUUGAAAAGUGGAACUCAGGUGUUUUUGUCGUCAUCAUGUUUUUCCGAUGAUGGUCUGAGAGCUGAGGUCGAAAUGUUAGAGUGAAGGAGGAAGUGGAAGGUGUCUGGUCGGGGAGCUGCCGUGACGCAGCUUCCUGUUCCCAUGACUGAGUGACACUUUCCACCCGAGUUGUUAAAAGAGUGUGAGCGCGCUCAUUUGGACUCAUUCAUCCUCCGAGUGUCUCUGUGUGGAUUAGUAACUCGUACCAUGUUGUUAUUUCGCCGACAGCUCGCCUGAGGUGAAAGAACGCUGGUUAGAUACGCUCCACAGGUGAGAGAGUUUCUUUUAUUUCUCAUUUAUCUUCCUCUUCUCUCCAAGAUGAACAUCGAUGGCGCUUAGAAACUCGGACUUUAAAAGAGAUUUGGCUUCUUACCAAACGAACACGACUGUAACCCUGUCCAGCUGGAAUAAGUCGUAAAUUUGUCAAAUGUAUUUUAUCUUGAUAUAGAAAAACUAAAGACGCACAAGCGAGAGUUGGCUGUGCUUCUCCGCCUCUGGACGUCCUCAUGAAGGUGUUGAGCGGCAGCAUCGCAGUAAGUUUGAUCGGAAAACCUUCGACUUUUUUAACGUGAAGCUUCCUCCGAACUCGCUCUCACUGGUUUCUCCUUUUUAGACUAAAACUCUAACAGGAGGAGGAAUGGAUCCAUUUAUCGAGUCUCCCAAAGAUGUGAGUUAACUCUUUGUUUUCAUUUGCUUUAAAAGAGAAAGACCCUGAACCCUCGUACUAAAUAAAUACAUGUUUAAAAUGGAGUUUUAAUGGUAAUAAAAAAGCAAUGACAAAGAUUUUAAACUAAGAUGAAUAAAGAUGCACACGGUUAUGGGCUUUUUGUUGUUUUACACCCUCGUCUGUUCACGGCGUGAUCGACAAAUGAGAAAAUCAAGCCCCUCCCUGCUUCCCGUUCCUUUUUUCAUCCUCAUCACCAUGUUGUCGUUUCUUUAUGUUGUUACCAGGGAGAUAUAAAUAUAUCUGCUCAACUGAAGCAGUUACAUAACCGGGAGGACAAGCCGACACAGCCCAUUGGUGAGUUUAAAAGUGCCUGUUAUUGAAAGAGGGAGGGGCUUAAUGACGGCGUGAAAAUGAGAAACCACAAAGUUAGAAAUCUGACGCUAAUAAGAAAGUGGAAACUCUUCCACAUGCCGUGACAGAAACUGAAGAAACGUUUGUUCUUAAGAAUGAAACUUUUUCAGAAACCAAGUGGAACCUGGUGAAGAAACUGAGGAAAGGAUCGAGUUUCAGUGUCAAAGUUCACCGAUCAGAUCCAGGUCCGAAGAUCCAGCUGUUUGGACAACCGCUCUGCAAGAUCAACCCGGACCACGGCUCGCUUCCAAAACCAGUCCUGGUGAGUCGGUUUUCUAAACGUCUCUGAGGAACAACAAGAACCUUUUCACUUCUUCACCUGCUUCUUUAACUUCUCAGUUUUAUGCUCUGGUUUUUUUUUUGGGGGGGGCGGGGUUUAUAGGUCAGCUGGUUAGAAUGAAGGUGUAAACAACAAACACCUGCUCUGCUGACCUUUAAUACACAGACGCCGUUUCUAAGAAUUAACCAAUGAGAGCAGGAAGCCGUUCAACCACACGAGCCGCACAUCGUUCAGUCUACGCUCAGAACAGCGAGUUUGUUUUUGCUGAAGCAGACUGACCUUUAACCUUUAACCUGCUAACCCGUGUCUUCACAGGAGAUGCUGCUGCUGCUGAGGAAGAAAGGUCCGUCCACAGAGGGGGUGUUUCGUAAACCGUGCAACAACAAAAAAAUGAAGGACCUCCGGGAUCAGCUCAACAGUGGUCAGGAGGUCGACCUGGAGAACCAGCCCGUGGUUCUGCUCGUCGGGCUCCUCAAAGUGAGUUUUUGGAAAGAUGAAGUUUUUAUUCCACGUCUGAAAAAUGUUGAAGCUGCUGCUGCUGAAAACUUUAGUCCAAACAGACGACGUGACGUCGCCUCCCGUCACUCUGAAGUUUGUGCCGUAGUCUUCGGUGGGGGGGGGUUGUGAUGACGCUCUGCUUCAACAGCAGACCCCCUCCCAUUGGCUGUAUCAGGUGUCAAUCAUUGAAAACAUGAACCCCCUAAUAACUUUUAAAAAUGGAGCUGUACAGAAAAAAGAGGACUUGAGCACAAACCAGUCUGACAGUAACUACAUGUCAACAUCACAACCAGGGGGGAGAAACAUUUAUAUUCUGUGUCAUUCAUUUAGAAAGUUUGUCCAUAAGGAGGCGGGGCUUAUGACUGUCACAGUAGUUUAAUUACAAAGAUGUUUGAUGGUAUUUGGUCGUGUCUUCAUGGUUUUUAUUCCUGUUUUCUGACCUGAUGAGUUGAAGAGUUCAGGUUGUUUGUCUUUCUAAAUGUCGCUCAUUAUCAGUCUGUCUGUCCGUCUGUCUGUUGUAGAGUUUCCUGAAGGAACUUCCUGGCAGCCUGCUGGUAUCUGAACUUUACGAUGACUGGAUAAGAGCUCUCGACAACGAAGACACCCAGCAGAGAACUGCGGAAAUGAUCAAGUAAGUCAUCAAUACUUUUGAUUGACUCCUGAAUCUGAAAUGAGCUGCAGCUUAUUUUUCAUGACAUGUUGAUAUGAGAGCGUGUCUUUAACAGCAGUUACUGUUGUUCUUAGUGAAGUUGUUUGAAUGUGUGAAGGCUGAACAUAAACCACUUCCUUCUUUUCUCGUUUGUUUAAAAAAAGGAAGACAGCCGUAGAAAAAAGUGUGCCAAGCUCACGUCUUCUUCCUGUUCUCUUUUCUCUGGACCCGCCGAUAACAGGGUGGUAGACACGCUGCCUGCAGCCAACAAGCUCCUCCUGCAGCACCUCGCCUGCGUCCUCCAUCACAUCCUGCAGAGCGCUGACAUCAACAAGAUGGACGCCUACAACCUGGCGGUGUGUAUUGCCCCCACGCUGCUGCAGCUGGAUGUCUCCCUUCUGGACGAGCAGGAGAAGUUAAAAAAAGUAAGAAGUUCAGUUCUGACUGCUCUUUCUCACUUUGAAGCUUUGUGGUCCUCGGAGCAGAAAACCUCAGAGCAGUUUCAGACAAACUCCGUACAGACUCGGAGGAAACGUAACGAGAACGAAAAGAAACGAGGAUCCUGAACUAAAGAAGCGCCGCCCUGUCUCUGUUUUUAUAAAACUGUUGGACGUUUAAUUAACAUUAAUUAUAACUGUAUUAAUAAACAUUAAUUACUGUACUGUAUAAUAACUGUAUUAAUAAACACUUCUGAUAGAUUCCUGUAAGAGACUGACUGUGUGUGUUUUUUCUCUGAAGGUCACAGAACUCACCAAGUUCCUGAUUGAACGAUGUGAGAUCCUCGGAGAAAACAUCCCGAACCUGCUCGACACGGACGAAGGUGAGAGUUCAAGAAACAACAACUCUCUAUCCUGUCUGUGUGUGUCUGUGUGUCUGUGUGUGUGUGUGUCUGUGUGUGUGUGUAUGUGUGUGUGUGUGUCUGUGUGUGUGUGUGUGUGUGUGUGUGUGUGUGUAUCUGUGUGUGUGUGUGUGUGUGUCUGUGUAUGUGUGUGUGUGUCUGUGUCUGAGUGAGUGUGUGUGUGUGUGUGUGUAUCUGUGUGUGUGUGUGUGUGUGUCUGUGUAUGUGUGUGUGUGUCUGUGUCUGAGUGAGUGUGUGUGUGUGUGUGUGUGUGUGUGUGUCUGUGUAUGUGUGUGUGUGUCUGUGUCUGUGUGUGUGUCUGUGUGUGUGUGUGUGUGUGUGUGUGUCUGUGUCUGUGUGUGUGUUUGUGUGUGUCUGUGUGUGUGUGUGUCUGUGUGUGUGUCUGUGUGUGUCUGUGUGUGUGUCUGUGUGUGUCUGUGUGUGUGUCUGUGUCUGUGUGUGUCUCUGUGUGUGUCUGUGUCUGUGUGUGUCUGUGUGUGUGUCUGUGUGAGUCUGUGUGUGUGUGUGUGUGUCUGUGUCUGUGUGUGUCUGUGUGUGUGUCUGUGUGCGUGUGUCUGUGUGUGUGUGUCUGUGUCUGUGUGUGUGUUUGUGUGUGUCUGUGUGUGUGUCUGUGUGUGUCUGUGUGUGUGUCUGUGUGUGUCUGUGUGUGUGUCUGUGUCUGUGUGUGUCUCUGUGUGUGUCUGUGUCUGUGUGUGUCUGUGUGUGUGUCUGUGUGAGUCUGUGUGUGUGUCUGUGUCUGUGUCUGUGUCUGUGUCUGUGUGUGUCUGUGUGUGUGUCUGUGUGUGUGUCUGUGUGUGUCUGUGUCUGUGUGUGUGUCUGUGUGUGUCUGUGUGUGUGUCUGUGUGUGUGUCUGUGUGUGUCUGUGUCUGUGUGUGUGUCUGUGUGUGUCUGUGUGUGUCUGUGUCUGUGUCUGUGUGUGUCUGUGUGUGUGUCUGUGUGUGUCUGUGUGUGUGUCUGUGUCUGUGUGUGUCUCUGUGUGUGUCUGUGUCUGUGUGUGUCUGUGUGUGUGUCUGUGUGAGUCUGUGUGUGUGUCUGUGUCUGUGUCUGUGUCUGUGUCUGUGUGUGUCUGUGUGAGUCUGUGUGUGUGUCUGUGUCUGUGUCUGUGUCUGUGUCUGUGUGUGUCUGUGUGUGUGUCUGUGUGUGUGUCUGUGUGUGUCUGUGUCUGUGUGUGUGUCUGUGUGUGUCUGUGUGUGUCUGUGUCUGUGUGUGUCUGUGUGUGUCUCUGUGUGUGUCUGUGUCUGUGUGUGUCUGUGUGUGUGUCUGUGUGAGUCUGUGUGUGUGUGUGUGUCUGUGUCUGUGUGUGUCUGUGUCUGUGUGUGUCUGUGUUUGUGUGUGUGUGUGUGUGUGUGUGUGUGUCUGUGUGUGUCUGUGUGUGUUUCUGUGUGUGUCUGUGUGUGUGUCUGUGUGUGUCUGUGUGUGUGUCUGUGUCUGUGUGUGUCUCUGUGUGUGUCUGUGUCUGUGUGUGUCUGUGUGUGUGUCUGUGUGAGUCUGUGUGUGUGUCUGUGUGUGUGUCUGUGUCUGUGUCUGUGUCUGUGUCUGUGUGUGUCUGUGUGUGUGUCUGUGUGUGUGUCUGUGUGUGUCUGUGUCUGUGUGUGUGUCUGUGUGUGUCUGUGUGUGUCUGUGUCUGUGUGUGUCUGUGUGUGUCUCUGUGUGUGUCUGUGUCUGUGUGUGUCUGUGUGUGUGUCUGUGUGAGUCUGUGUGUGUGUGUGUGUCUGUGUCUGUGUGUGUCUGUGUCUGUGUGUGUCUGUGUGUGUGUGUGUGUGUGUGUGUGUGUGUGUCUGUGUGUGUCUGUGUGUGUCUGUGUGUCUGUCUGUUUGUGUCUCAAGUAAAACGUUUUUCUCUCAAACUUCAUAAAUCUGAAAACUUCUGAAGCUCAGUUUUAUUGUCCGUUCUUUGCAGACUCCUUGUCUUCUCAACAUCAUGACUCGGCGUACGACAGCACCGACCCUGAUGGAGAUGGCGAGGCGGGGGACUGUGCGUACACCACACAUGGAGGGAGGGGGUCGUCUUCCUCCCUUGGUCCAACUUCUUCCUCCUCCUCUUGGCCAGCAAACUCUUCCCUCGACACGAAGUCACCGUUCAACCGCCGCUGCUCGGAGCCCAUCAUCCUCCUCUCUGCCGACCUCAACAGUGUGUGUGUCCACGCCAGGAGCCAUGACGACUGCUCGGUGAAGAGGAGGGUCUUCGAGGAGCAGCCGUUAAAGAAGCCGAUCUCAGAUGACUCUUUCCUGCUUAAAGGACAAGGUGGAGUGAGUCAGGUGUUAAUGUUUCCAAAACUCAGCAGCAGUUCCAACAUGGCAGGUCAUCACAACUGCUCAUGUUCUUCCUUAGAGAGCGCUGCUUCCAACCAAUCAGAUAGUUCUGUUUUCACAAGCUCUCCAAUAGGGUCUCCGACCGGCCACAGGAAAGCAAACAACCAGCCAGUUAGAGCUCAGAAGGACAUUCCCCGACCAAUCUCAGAUGAGAAAAGACGUUCACAGUCGAUGAGAGUGGCCACAAAAGUCCUGCUCAGGACCAGGAGUUUAGGAACCUUCAGAGGAAGCAGCAUGAAGAGAGAGUCCCAGAAAGACAACGCUUUCCCGUGUGAAACUCUGCAGGAGGACUCUCAGAGUGAAGCUGACCCACCAGCUGAUCUCCUGCACAGGCCACGCCCCCUCUCAGCCAUCGAAGUGUUUAAGCACGUCGACAGCCGGCUGCCCUGCAGCCCUCCAACGUAUGAACAUGCGGUUCUGAGUGCAGGUCUUCCUCCACAUUACAGAUCUAUGACUGUGCAGGACGCCGUACAGUUAGAGAGAAGGUCCCGCCCACCCUCAAUAAAUCUGGACUUCCCAUCUACCUGCUCCACCAAUCAGUACAUGGACUGUUUAAGUCAAGUCAAUGUGGUCGAGCGGCGGCCUCCUUUCCGACAGAGAGCGAUGUCUGAGUCUGUGUCGACACGUCACCAUGAGGUCGUGACACGGAGAUGCAGUCAGCCCGUGUUCGAGGAGUUUUCAUACGCCAAGGAGUCAUACGUUUGAUUGAAUCUGUUAAAGAACGACUUUUGUGUUGAAACGUUUGUUAGUGUGACGUUUAAAGGGAGCAGAAAAAACAACAACGUACUCUUGAGUGUAUCUCCGUGUUUUAGGACGUGUUUCCUUUUGUAAGCGGCAGAGUUCGGCUUCAGAUCAUUUUUCUUUUUGUAAUUUUGAUGUUUCCCUCUGAGCAGCUCUGACUUCAGCACAUGUUUGUUUUUGAACACACGUAUAAUCCAGUGAAUGUCAAUAAUGUGUGGCCUGUAGGGUUGCAUGUUCUUGGUAGUACUAUUUAGAGUACAAUCUUAAAAGAAUAUGUCGUUACUAUGAUAGAUAUUUAGUCUAUCACAAUGAAGCUAUGACACAGGUUACUGUGGAUCAAAUAUGCUAUGACUUUUCCCUCUUUAACUUAGUGCUUUGUACAGAAAUGAAGGUCGUGCACUUUUUUGGGCUUUGUGUAAAUUUUUCUCAUCUUUGGUCUUUUUGUCUUUCACUACAUCACGGCACUUUUUCUCAUGACAACUUAUCUUAUAUUAAAGAAAUGACAGAUGAAAAUAGAUGACUAAUCUUUAAAUGAUGAAUGGUGUGAGGAAAUGGAUGGAACCACUCAAUAAAAGAUAAUUGAAAUGAUAAUUAAUUGCAAAGACAAUAAAUUAGGUGCAUUGUUUUAGUUUAUUCUACAGAUUUUCAUAUUAAUGUCGUGUUCCUGACUCACUCUUUCAACUUCAGUCAUUACAAGUAAAAUGGGGGUUGAGUUAGUUGCAUAACAUGUGCACAGAAACAUGCUGUUCUGACACUCCAACAGAAGGAAACCAGAGAUGGUCACAUGAGCGGAUUUGGUUUUUCUCUGAAUUGCAGUUCCUCCUUAUUUUGACUUCGUAUGUGCAGUCAUUAACUUCCUUUUUGAAGUGUUGCAACACAAUAUGUUCUCUCCAAAUAAGAUCAUUUAUGUCUUCUAGAACCUGCUCUGGAAUUUAAACUGUUAUUUGUUUAUCUUGUGAUAGGUAAAAUUAAUAAUUGUCACCUUUUAGCAGUUGUAGUAAGGAGGAUAAGAAGAGAUCCAGGAUCUCACAUACUUUUAAUCAUUUGUGACGUUUAAGAGAUCGCUGUUGCCUGCUUUAAGAUCACGGUUUAGUCCAAGGUGAAAUUUAAGAAAACCAAACAUGUACGCAGAGAUGUCUUUGUAGGUCCUUCAUGGUUGUGAAUGUACAAAAGAUGCUCCCUCUGUGCAUGUUUGUUUCAUUGUGUUUUGCCACGCCGGUGAGUUCUUACACUGCCGAGGUCCCUGAACGCACCACACUCGUACCGCUCGGCUCAAAGCGAACAUCGGCUGAACUAUCCCUCCGUAUAUCUACAGUGUGUCGUCCACUGAACCGUAAGUUACGACGUUUACUCCUGUGUUACACUUUGUGGAUGUUGAUCCAUAUGAGUCUUUAAUUACUUAACUGUAGUUUUUGCCUUUAGUUUGUAUGAUAUAAUGAGCUACUAAUGCUAAUUCAUGCCGCUAAUGAGCGACAUGGGAGCUAGCUGUGAAUUAGCAGUAGCCUCAAAGGUUAAAGCUACGAUGUUUCUAAUUUCUGUUUAAUUAUUGCACUUAUUAAUGCUGAGUCUAAAUUUAAUUAAUAAUCUAGAGCUGUAUCAUUCUUUUCUGAUUACAGAUAUACAUCUACUUCACAAUGUUUAUACAGAGGUCAUAAGAGGGUAAAACUUUAUUGCUGGACUCAGUUUUCAUACAAUAUUAUGAGAUUUUUAUGAUAAUAUACUAUGACAAAUAAAUGAUACCAUACUG